UUCCCAUUAGUCCCAGGAGAAGAAGCGGCCGCAGCAACAGCAGCAGUAGCAGCGCGUUAGUUGGGGGAAACUUCAGCGACUUUAUGGCAAACAAGUAGAAGGGUACGUUGCCCUCCUACGGUUGCUUUUAGAUUAUUACUCUGAUUGUGUAUGGAAAGUGCUCCUGGAUGGACCUGGGUGACAACAGCUGGUCCAUGGUCAAACGAGAAGUUUCCAGCAGCCCAGGCUCGCCGGCCGAGCAGAGCUACCUGCCCGGUGACAGCAGCAGGAGGGACGGGACCACGCCUCCGAGCGAGCUCGACGUGCUGGGCCACCGGCGCCCGGACGGCAGGUCGCUGCACUCCUACCUCCACUUCGGACACCACGGCAACGCCGCGACCGCCGGCGAGGACAUCCCGCUGUUUACGGACUUGGAUCAGGGGAGCAAGCUCGUCAUCUCCGCCGGAGCGCACAAGGCGAGCCUGCUGGUGGACCACGCCGACAUGUACCAAACUUUGGCCAUCGCCGCAGCCCAGAGCCAGACUGGAUACGAUUCCUCGUCCGGUGGCUACAUGCACUCCAGCCCCAACUCCCCGGUCUACGUGCCCAGCUCCCGGAUGAACCCGAUGAUAUCCAGCCUCUCCUACCUGCAGGCCGGCGGCUCCGCGCAGCCCGGCCACGCCGUCUCCAGCCACUCGGUGUGGUCGCAGUCCACCCCGGAGAGCCCGUCCUCGUACAGCGCCGGGAGCCCGCACGCCUCCAGCCGGUUCCACUACCCCCCGAGCCCGCCCAUGAAUAACGGGACACCCCGGGACAGCAGCUACGCGAACACGCUAAACGUGGGCAGCAGGGACCAGUACGGCCUCUCCCGGCCUCUCAGCGGGACCUACCCGAACCCGUACUCGCCUUAUGUGGCACCUCAGCUGCCCUCGCCUUGGACCGGGGGACCUUUUGAUAACACCAUGCUGCACACUUUGCAAAGCAGGGGCGCGCCCUUGAUUCGGGGUCCAAACGGAGUUUCAGACAUCCUGGAUGACAUGGCGGAGAGCCGGGAAUGCGUCAACUGCGGCUCCAUCUCCACGCCGCUGUGGAGGCGCGACGGUACGGGCCACUUUCUCUGCAACGCCUGCGGCCUCUACAGCAAAAUGAACGGGCUGAGCCGGCCACUCAUCAAACCGCAGAAAAGGACGUCGACCUCCAGACGGAUCGGCCUCUCCUGCGCAAACUGUCAGACCAGCACGACGACCUUGUGGCGCAGGAACGCAGAAGGAGAACCGGUGUGCAACGCGUGCGGUCUGUACACUAAACUACACGGAGUACCUCGACCGCUCGCCAUGAAGAAAGAGGGAAUCCAGACUCGAAAAAAGAAAACCUAAACUUUGAGUAAAAGCAAAGGA